UUUCUGUGGCGUUUCCUCUGCGUUCAGCCAUGGGGAAGUCGUUUGCUAAUUUUAUGUGCAAGAAGGAUUUUCACCCAGCGUCAAAAUCCAACAUAAAGAAGGUAUGGAUGGCAGAACAGAAAAUAACCUUCAAGAAGAAGAAGCAGGAGGAGCUGAUGCAGACUUAUGUGAAGGAGCAGGAGGCCUACAACAACAGACUGCUGAUGUGUGAUGACAGGGUGAAAAACGGCCUGAAUUGUAUGUAUGAAGCUCCUCCUGGUGUAUCAAAAGAGGAAACCAAAGAGGAAGGAGAAUCUGAAUACAAGUUUGAGUGGCAGAAGGUUGCUCCUCGUGAAAAGUACGCUAAAGAUGAUCCUGAAGUAGAGUUCCUUAAAUCUUUAACCAUGAAGCAAAAACAGAAGAAAAAGAUGACUGCGAGUUCCUCUAGCAGCACCUCAGACAGUAGUAGCAGCUCGGAGUCUGAAUCUGAAAGGCCCAAAGCUAGAAAAGUGAAGAAGGGCAGAAAGAAUAGGAGGAGGGACUCAUCCAGUGAGAGCAGUUCUGAUAGUAAGAAUGAAGGAAGGUCGAGAGGAAAAAACAAGGAGCCUUGCAAUAGAAAUCAUGGUCAGAGUCCUGAUUCUAAGCACAGCCGAGACAAACAUGCACGUGCACAGUCAAAUGAGCAGGACAGACUACAGGAAAGAAGUCGGAUGCAUAGAAAAGAAAGUCUGCCAAAUGAGAGCAAAGAGAUGGAAUGGAGGAAUAAGAACAAAGAGCGAAGAGAGCGUGAAAGAGAGAAGGGUGAAGAUCGAACCAGCAGUCAUCAGGAGGGAUAUAAGAAGGCUGGUGGUCCUUCUUCCAGUGGAAGACAAAAAUCCUCCUCUGGUGACCACUUGAUCCAUUUUCCUUGGGUCAAGUCGUCAUUGUCAAAACUGGCUGGUGGUGCAUGCCAAACGCUGCCACCAUGCCCAGUAGGGUGCCGUUCUGCCUCCUCUCGCCUCUGA